UUCUUCCUCUCAAAUAAUUUUUACUGGCGCAUUGUAAAGAUCGAUUUCAUGUAUUUUUUUCUUUACUUAAUAUGCGUUACAAGCGCAUUGCCAAUACCUUUUUUGAACUUUGAACAUUAUUCCUUAAGAGAUUUAAUUGAUGACGAUGAAGGACCGAAACAUCAUAAUUACGUAGCAAUGACACGAUUUCUGGAUGAAAUUUCACGUGAAUAUCCAAAGAUAACGCAUAAAUAUAGCAUUGGUAAAUCUGUGAAAGGUAGAGAGUUGUGGGUAAUGAUUGUCAGCGAUAAUCCUGCAAAGCACGAAAUUCUUGAACCUGAGUUUAAAUACGUUGCAAACAUGCACGGCAACGAAGUUGUGGGCAGAGAGUUGUUGUUAAAACUUAUUGAGCUUUUAUGUCGAGGGUAUGGAAAAAGCUCACGACUUACAAGACUAGUUGAUGAAACUAGAAUGCAUUUUAUGCCUAGCAUGAAUCCAGAUGGUUAUGAAUUGGCCUAUAAAGAUGGUGGAGUAGAUUGGCUUUUAGGUCGUAACAAUGCAAACGAUGUAGAUCUUAAUCGAAAUUUUCCUGAUCAAUUUUUCCCGCAUGAUAAUAAACCUAGGGAACCUGAAACUAACAUAACAAUGGCUUGGAUUUUAAGACAUCCUUUUGUUUUAUCUGCUAACUUGCACGGCGGAUCACUAGUAGCUAAUUACCCUUUUGACGACAACCCAUCCGGUCAAACGGAAUAUACACCAUCUCCUGACGAUGAUGUUUUUAAAGCACUUGCAUUAACGUACUCAUACGCCCAUCCAUACAUGCACUGGGAUGAUCCACCAUGGGAGUGCAAAGGUGUUCCUCCAGAUCAUUUUAAGCAAGGUAUUACAAACGGAGCAAAAUGGUAUAAUGUAGCUGGAGGGAUGCAAGAUUUCAACUAUGUUGAAGCUGAUACUAUGGAAAUAACUUUAGAACUUGGCUGUAAUAAGUUUCCAGAUGCAAAAGAUCUACCAAGAUAUUGGAAAGAAAAUAAGGAAGCGUUGGUGAAGUUUAUUGAGCAGGUUCACAAAGGCAUCAAAGGAAUUGUUCUUACAGAAGCCGGACAACCAGUUGACGGUGCUGAAAUUCAUGUAGAUGAUCGAUCGAAAUUUAUGAAAUCACAAAAAGGUGGAGACUUCUGGCGUAUCUUGUUGCCAGGUAAAUACGACAUCAAGGUAACAAAAAAAGGUUUUAAACCAUCCAUCAAAACUAUAGAGGUAGAGGAAACAAUACCUACAAUAGUUAAUUUUACAUUAACUGAAGAAAAGGAAUGUUGGGAUAAAGAUAACUGCCAGCAAGUUCCUGCCCUUGAUCCCAUGGAAACAAAUAAUCAACGAAUACUUUCAUUUUUACAAAGAGGUUUGUUUUCUCAACAGGAGCAAGACCUCGAACAAAGACUUUUUAGUAACAACGCUCUACAACCAUGGCAGUCAGAUCUACAAUCAUUUACAGGGAUUGACAUGAAUGAAGCUAAUUCAGAAACUAGGCCAAGCCUUUCAAGCUUACAAUUGCAAUUAAAAAAUAUAGAUGAUUUGGCAAUGUCUCCGUCUUAUGAACAGCAGUAUGAUGACCUCAAUCACAUGAUGGAUACAAUUAACUUAAAGCAUCAAGAAUAUUUAAGCGAGUAUACAGGCGACGAAGCCUGAAAUUAUUUUUUUUAACAAAUUAAUAUAUUUUGUUUGCAGCAUAAUAAUAGUUACAUAUUCAAUAAUUUAAAAAAUUAUUGCUGUAAAUUUUUUAGUUAUAUAUUUAAAUGUUUAAAGCAUAAAAAAUUGAGAACCCACAUUUUUGCAAUUUG